GACUCUUUUUUUUUUUUGUUUUUUGUUUCUACUGCAAAUCAGAGAGUUACAGUUACAUCUCUGCAACCCACAAUCCAAGACCACCUUUCCCAACUCCACCCAAACUUAGACACACCUUCCAAUACUCGCAAAUUCCAUUCACUUCCUCUCAUACCAAUAUGCACAUGGAACAAGUCUUGUGGUCAACAGGAGCAUGUGCCCUCUCUCUGCUAUUCUGCGCCCUAGCCCUGGCGCUCAUGCUUCUCACUGGGAAGCGCCAAUCUCACCUUCCUCCUGGCCCAAAGGGCCUCCCCAUGGUUGGGAGCCUCCACAGGCUGGGCAGCAGGCCGCAUGAGGCCCUUGCGGCACUCGCGGAGACCCACGGCUCCCUCAUGACCUUGCAGCUUGGAUUCAUGACAACAGUUGUUGUGUCGUCGUCUGAGAUGGCCAAGGAGGUGUUACAGAAGAACGACCUGGUAUUUGGGGGGCGUACAGUCAUUGAAGUAUUGAAGAUGAGGUCUUACCCUGAGGGGUCCCUAGUGUGGGCUCAAACAGGUCCUCGUUGGCGAGCGCUCCGCCGCAUCUGCACCACCCAGCUCUUCACUCCCCAGCGGCUGGACAGCCUGCAGGCUCUUCGCUGCCAGAAGGUCCAUGAGAUGGUCGAGCUCAUAAGACAAGCUGAGCCGGCAGUAGACAUAGGGCGUGCCGCCUUCGUCACAUCCAUGAAUAUAAUAUCUAACAUGAUAUUUUCGGCUGACAUGGUCAACCCCAACUCUGGGUCGGCGCAGGAGUUCAGGGAUGUCGUUUGGGCGAUCAUGGAAGUGGCGGGCGCACCCAACCUUGCCGACUAUUUCCCGAUGCUCAAGGCCCUGGACCCCCAGGGGCUCAAGGGGCGCUGCAACAAACUCUUUGGAAGAUUACACCAGUUUCUUAAUGUGAAGAUCGACGAACGUCUGCAGUCCAGAGAGAGAGGUGGAGUGGACAGGGGCGACUUCAUCGACGCUAUUCUCGACUCUAAGCAGGAGAACGGUGUGGAUUUUAGCCGUAGUGAGAUCUUAGCGCUGCUCACUGACUUGUUUGUUGCGGGGAGCGAUACUAGCUCAACUACUGUGGAGUGGGCAAUGGCCGAGCUCCUUCGCAACCCUGACAAGAUGGCCAUGGCUAAUAUGGAGCUCUCAAGGAUCCUUGGUGGUCCGGAGCACAUUAUGGAAGAGUUGGAUAUAUCUCGCCUCCCUUACUUACAGUCAGUGGUGAAGGAGACAUGGCGGUUCCACCCACCCGUACCGCUUCUCAUCCCCCAUAGGGCCGAUGCGACUGUAAAUGUGGCUGGAUACAUAGUGCCGAAACAUACACAAGUAUUGAUCAACUAUUGGGCCAUUGGAAGAGACCCUAAAGUGUGGGACAAUCCGACAGCCUUCUUGCCGGAGAGAUUCUUGGGCUGUAAUGUGGAUUAUAAGGGGAAGGAUUUCCAAUUUAUUCCGUUCGGGGCGGGGCGGAGGAUAUGCCCUGGCCUUCCUCUUGGGGUGCGCAUGGUGCACUUGAUCCUUGCUUCUUUAUUGCAUUAUUUUGAUUGGGGGCUUCCCGAUGGAAUGAAAGCCGAGGAGAUGGAUAUGAGGGAUAAGUUUGGGGUCACCUUACAAAAGUUAGUUCCACUUCGAGUCAUCCCUGUUCAAAGCUCAUGAUUUGACAAGUGCAAGCCGGAUUCUCCUGCCUGAUAUUUACUACUUGGGGAAUUUUAUUUUCAUAAAAAAAAUUUGGAUUGUAUACUAGGAGUUGAAGUUGGAAAAAUUUGUGAUGCAGGUCCAAAAAGUGUAAAACAUCCAUCUUAAUAAUGGAUGCAGGUGUUUCCAUCUAAAAACAAUGAAAACUAACU